CAUCACAAUCGCACAUCAGAAACCAACCAUUCAGCCUCUCUCGUCUCGCCCACCCAAACACUCUUUGGACUCUUUUGAGAAUAUGAGCCUGACUGUGAAGGCAAGCGGUACACUUUUCUCCCCUCAAUUUUCUCGCACUUUCUCAGCUCCCAAACUCACCCUCCUUCGUUUCUCCAAACCCUCGCCCUCGCGCUUCACCCCCAAAAUCAACAUGUCCUCCUCCGCCGCCGCCCAACCCAUCGUCGAGCACGUGGUGCUGUUCAAGGUCAAAGACGACACAGACCCGUCCAAGGUCAACGCGAUGGUCAACAGCCUCAACGGCCUCGCCUCUCUCAACCUGACGCUCCACCUCACCGCCGGCCCACUCUACCGCACCCGAUCCUCGCCCAUCCCCUUCACCCAUCUCCUCCACAGCCGCUACAGCACCAAAGACGACCUGAGCACCUAUACUGUGCACCCGAACCACCUCAGCGUGGUCAAAGAUUCGGUCCUCCCAAUCUGCGACGACGUCAUGGCCGUUGACUGGGUCCCCGACGACGUUCAGGGCCCAGUGGCCCCACCGCCGGGGUCCGCAAUCCGCUUGACGUUUUUGAAAUUGAAGGAAAACUUGGGGGAAGAAUCGAAAUCCGAGAUUUUGGAUGUGAUUAAAGGGAUUAAGGGGAAGUUUGCGGAGAUUAAUCAGAUUAGCGCAGGCGAGAACUUCUCUCCGGCUAGAGCGAAAGGGUAUUCGAUCGCGUCGCUGGCGGUGCUUCCGGGGGUGAGUGAGUUGGAGGGUUUGGAUUCGAAGCAGGAGCUGGCGAAUGUGGAGAAGGACAGAGUUAGGGAGCACCUCGAAAGCGUCAUCGUUUUGGAUUAUGUGGUGGCGUCGCCUCAAUCUGCAAGUCUCUGAAAGAUUUUGUGGCUUGUAUGUUUUGUGCUUUGAUUAAUAUCUAAAUAAGCUGGCGGACGAAAUGUUAUUGGAAUGUAUGGUAUUAUCAAAUUGAAUUGAACAUGAAAAAAAAUGCGAGUUUGUGUUAUUUCCUGAA